AUGAGCGAAGAGCCACAUCCAAAGCAAAUCUUUUUUGUCAGCUGGAAACAACACAAGUUAGAGUUAGCCAAAGAACGCAUUCAUGAAAUUGCAGGAAGUUUUAUUGACGAAAUUAUCUUCAAUACAAUUAUUGACUACUGCAGAGUAGAGCACGGUUUUCCAGGUGCCUUGAAAUUGAGCGAUAUGAUAGUAAAUAAUCCUGUUCUCCCAACAACAACUGCAAACUUCGAUCAAAUUACGUUUGAUAAUAACGACAACCAAAGAAGAUCAGCUAAAUGCCCUGUUUGCAACGACACAGUUGAUGCAAGACUUUUUACAUCUCAUCUUGAGACAUGCAUCAGAAAAUGCAAUCCGUUAGAAGUUGCAAUCAAAAUUGCAAAGAAAGAAGAUUGA